AUGAAGACACCAAACGCCGAGGAAAUUCUACAACUUGACCAGAAAGAACAACAGAAACUAGAGGAAAUUGAAGUUAAACACUUUAACACUCACACAGAAUCAGGAAACCAAAUUAGCGCUGCUGCAGUUGAGGUAGAGACAUAUGCAAAAGUUCGGAACUUCUACAGGAAAAUUUCCAUGGAUCCGGUUUAUGGGCGUGCAAAUCACAAUAUACUUGUAUACCGUUUUAAAGACAAUUCUGGGACUAUACAUGACGGAUAUUGUGACGACGGCGAAUUUGGAGCUGGAAGGAAAAUGCUAAAAAUUCUGCAAGAUGAAAACUUGACAAAUGUAUCAGUUGUGAUAUCGCGCAUGAUGGGAAAACAUCUUGGUCCGAAACGCUUCGACAUAAUAAAGAAAGCGUUAUUUGACGCCCUCAAAGAACUUCGAUAG